AGCAAUUGGAGCUCAUUGGCUGCAGUGAUGGUGCGCGCACCGGUGCUUGUAGCGGUCGCUGCCGCAACGUUGCUGGCCGCGGCCGUCGUGCGGGCCAGGGACCCGUAUGCCGAAGACUGCAAAAUACAUGAAUAUCCUCCAGCUGGACCAACGUAUAAAGGAACAAUUCCUGAUUAUAUCAUAAACCUCGACCUGCCACCCAGUAAGAGAUGGGUCCAGCUGGCACUCGACAAAACAGCUGAGUUAAAGACUGUAAUAAAGGCUAUUAAAGUUAUUGUAUCUACAUUCAUCCAUAGUGGAAAAUUCAUGGCAUCUUUGGACUCAAUAUUAGCUUGGUUAGGCUCUACCCUUCCAUAUCCUUUCAACGAAGAAAUAAAAGGAAUUGCUACUGCUAUUGAUGUUCCAUUAGGUGAUGUUGUUGCAUUCAACAUCUUCUAUGAGAUCUUCACUGUGUGUACAUCCAUAAUAGCUGAAGACAAAACAGGAAAGCUAUACCAUGCCAGAAAUCUUGAUUUUGGACUGUUUCUUGGGUGGGAUAUACGAAAUAGUUCCUGGAGUACAACGCAAAAGCUGAAGCGAUUGAUGGUGUCACUGGAUUUUCAGAAAAACAAUAAAACAGUGUUUAAGUCUGCAAAUUUUGCUGGCUAUGUGGGAGUGAUAUCUGGAGUUAAACAAGGCAUUUUUACUUUAACCAUGAAUGAGCGAUUCAGUCUUGAUGGAGGUUACAUUGGAAUCUUUGAGUGGCUUCUUGGCAAGAGGGAUGGUUGGUGGAUGGGUUUCCUCACCAGAACUGUGUUGGAAAACAGCACAAGUUAUGAAGAUGCAAAGGACAAAUUGGCCAACACAAAACUGCUGGCUCCAGUUUACUUCAUAAUAGGCGGAAACAAAACUGACGAGGGUUGCAUUAUUACACGUUCUCGAACUGCCGCUUUAGACAUUAAGAAUUUGGAUGCAAAGAAUGGCAUCUGGUAUGUUGUAGAAACCAACUAUGAUCCCUGGAAGCAUCCACUUGUUAUAGAUGACCGGAGACACCCUGCAAUGAAUUGCUUGAAUCAAACAAAACAAGAGAAAAUCUCAUUACCAGCUUUGUACAAUGUUCUCUCCACAAAGCCUGUCCUCAACAAGUUGACAGUCUCAACCACGCUGCUAGAAGUUUCUGAAGGCCAUAUAGAGACUUACCUGAGGGAAUGUCCAGACCCCUGUAGUCCCUGGUGAGGGCCACACAGCCUGCAGAAUGCAACUGAUGGAAGAUGAGUCCUCACUGGGUGAACAGUGGCAGAUGUUUUCCACUGCCAAGAGACUCUUCGCUGCAGUGUGUCUCAUGAGAAACCUGGAUCUAACUGCUUGCAAUUCAGUCAGCAAAUUAACCCACUCUGCUCUCUAAAUGUCUACUUUUCAUUGUUAUGAAACUUAUGAAACGGGGGGUUGGGGCUUCUGCUUCUUCAACUUCUGCUACUGAACAUCAGUUGAUCCUUGUUUAGACAGUCUUACUAGACGAUUUUUUAAGACAAGUGUCUUACUGCACAAUUUGUCCUAUGCAUCUUUACUCAGGAGUUAAGGCCCAUUGUAUUUGAUAUAAAAGGGGUGUUUUAGGUAGGUGUGUGUGGGAUACAGCUUUAAGAAAAGAGGACAGCUUGGAACUAGUAUUGUGCAACCCUGUGAAUAGAAUUGUGUUUGCUUUCGCCUUUGGCUGCCAUCUACCUCAGCACAUCAGUGUGUGUGUGUUCCCAGCCUGAAAUAAUGCUCUGGAGUUCUCACCUCCCUGUGCACAUGCACACACUUCCACCCACUUAAAGGAGGAGAGAGCCAAGAGGAAACCAGCCCUGCCUCAGGGGAAUAGCAUGGCACUCUUCUGAGGUUGGCAAACAUACCUGGAGCUUUCCUGGGUGUUCCUUCUGAUGUUCUUCAAGGAUUCCCAGUGAGCCCUGCACCUCUUGCUUUCUUCCAUCUUCAGCCACAAAGUUAAAACUAAAGUUGCAAAUUUGGAACCAGCACCUAUGAGGGAAGUGGUGGCAGCCCCACAGAAGUCAGUGGGAAGCCAAGUUGCUGCUUUCCUUAAAGCUUAGUUGGCUAAGAUGGGAUAUGAAUAGUAGGAGUUUUGGGCCUUGUGGUGAGGCCAACCAUGUUCCUUGCCCUCUGUUGCUGCAUCAUGUCCUCCGGUUGGAUAAGUAGAGAGAAUGCCAUGCUGAGGCAUGUCUGUACAUACUGUGCUGUGUGUUCCAGUGCUCUGCCUCACCCUUAGUAUCAUUUUAGUGAUACUAUUUGCAAAAAAUGUAGAGCCACUACUCCAGGAUCAUAACACUGAAUGUUCAGUUCUGUUAGUUGGUAUUAAGAAUGUAUUAAUAUAUACUUGAUAAUUUUGCAAUUAAAGAGGAAUAAA